AUGGGAUGUGCCCCCCCGUGUCCCCUCCCCGUGUCCCGCAGCGGCGCUGGGGACGCUGCAGGCGGAGCUGGGCGCACUGCAGGCCGGGCAGGCGGCCAAGCGGGGGUCAGCUUGGAGCGGGCGCUGGCCACGGCGCGGGACGAGGCGGCCACGGCGCGGGACGAGGUGGCCACGUGGCAGCAGGAGGCAACCAGGCUGCGGGGCGAGGCGGCCACGUGGCAGGACGAGGCGGCCACGCUGCGGGACGAGGUGGCCACGUGGCAGCGGGAGGCAACCAGGCUGCGGGACGAGGUGGCCACGUGGCAGCGGGAGGUAGCCACGCUGCAGGAGGAGGUGGCCACGCACCGGGAGCUGGGAGCCCGCUGGGAGCUGGAGGCCACCGCGCUGCGCGCCAGCAGCCAUGGCAAGGAGCAGCAGUGGCAGGAGGCCACCUCCGAGGUGGCCCGGCUGCGGGAGGAGCUGGGCCGCGUGGCCGAGGCACACCGGGCGCUGCAGCACCGCCACCGCCGCCCAGGGGACAGCCGGGGACACCGGUUCCCCACCAGCACGGAGCCGCCCCCCCCAGCCCCCCAUUGGGGCCCCCCCGGAGCCCCCCCAGCCCACAGAGCCCGGGGGGUCCCGGCCCCACAGCCCAGAGGAGACCCAGGCACCCCUCGGGGGGCUCGGGCCCUUCCUGCUCUUCGUGGUGGCCGCCGCCGUCCUCGUGCUGUACCCGCGCCUCAGGCCCCGCUGAGCCCCGCGCCCCCCCUGUGUCACCCCCCUGUGUCACCCCCCUGUGUCACCCCCCCUGUCACCCCUGUCACUGGUUUGGCGGGGGGGCAAUACACCACUGCUUCGCACGGCGGGUGUGAGUGUCACGGCUUGGGGACGCGCCCCUGCCACCCGUGGGCACACGUGGCGACGUGCCUGGGGGUGCCACCAGGUCCCUGGGGGUGUCACCAGGUCCCUGUCCCUGUGGGUGCCACUGGUGUCCCCGUCCCCAGCCCUACGGGUGCCACCAGUGUCCCCAUCCCCACAGAUGCCACCCAUGUCCCCAUCCCAGACCCUGAGCGGCGGGACCCCGAAACUCCAGGACCCCGAAACUCCGGGACCCUGAGCAGCAGGACCCCGAAUCCACGGGACCCCAAAGCUACGGGACCCUAA